AUGAGCAGCAUGUGCUGCCGUUAUGUCGGUUUCACUCUUGCAAUGAUCACAUCCGAGAAGCGGUUCGGGCCCAAGUUCUCGACGGGGCGGGAAGAGGAGCCUGGGCCGACGGCAUACACUCUCCCAACUGACUUCGACGCGGCAGCCAAAGUCUCGGCAACGACGACUGGAUUUGGCACUGCGCCACGAACGAAGCCAUUAUCAAAGUCAGUCGACUACGGCACGUACAACCCAGACAUCCCUGGCGCAUUUCCCAACGUAUACACCGUUGAGCAAUGGGAGGCGCAAAAGAAACUGCAUCAAGAAGACGCCAGCAUGCGCAUGGGGUGCAAGUCUCCCAGGUCGCCCCCGCCACGUAUCCAGGUCGCGGCUGGCCCAGGAUCGUAUCACACGGAGUUUGAUAUCGCAACAAGUGGUCGCGAAGGACACUUUAGCAAGGCAAAACGGCCGGACUUAACGUCGUACAUGGAGUCGUUGGGCCAGAUUGGAGACAGCCCAGGGCCAAAAUAUAUGCCCGACGCAAACAACAUCGCCCAGCGAUGUUUGAAAGCCUCGACGAGGGGGUUUCCUCGGCACAAUUCGUCGCCGGGCGCAAUCGACCAGUCGCUCAUGGAACUCGACAAAUCGUUUCAAAAGCUCAACCGUGCGCUGGCAAGCCCGGUGCUAUGGGUACCAAGGACACGGUCGAUUGUGAAAUUGGAUAUCAAACAGUCUGGGCCGGGUUCGUACAACACAGGAAGCGACUUUGUGAAGCGAUCGACGAAGAAGGGGACAUUUGGUACGGCAAAACAAAUGGACAUGCUGUCCAACUUGGUGGCUGCGGGGCAUGUGGGCCAAACACCUGUCGGGCCUGGCCAGUACGACAUCGAAUGGGACCCCUUUGGUGGAAAGACGUACAACACGAAGGCUGGUUAUGUGCCUAAGCAGACGGGGCAUACCGCUCUCGAGUACGUACAGCGCCAGGCAGCGCCUCUCGACGGUCAAGCGUCAUCGAGUCUUUAGCCCGGUGCCAUUGAAACCUCACAUCAAUCCUUCUCGAAUACUUGACCCGUCGGGCGCUGGUGAACUCGAUGCCCUGCCCCCGCGGGAUAUCUGGCGACUCAUGCGGAAGGCUCCGGACCCGAAAAAACUCGGCUACGACAAGUAGGGCCUCAUCGUGGUUGUGUUUGGCAUUCCUUCAAUUUUGAUGGACGUAGUGGCGUCCCGAACAUCGCGCAAAAGCGCCACUCGCGGCCGAAAGUACAACCACUUCAAACGAUUCGAGCAGACGUCCCGUUGAAAGAAGUAGCGACAGAAUUACUUCAGAACGACACUAGCACGCCGCAGCCAGCUCAUGAAUUCACCCCAGAUGACAAAGCCAUGAUGCAGAUCGACCUGCCGCCUGAAUCGGAGGAUAUUUCGAGCUUUGAGCUGUAAUGCAUCUGUGGUGUCUAUGUUGGGGCAAAAUAUCGCCGAUCUUGCAAUUCCUCGAGAGUUUCCAUGGCUCGUCGAUGGCACGACGUCAGAAAGCACCAUGCACGCUGGAACAGCACUGACACGACGAUGCCAUCGCCCAGCACAACGAGCAAUGGCCGGGCAGAGUCAUUCGGAUCUGCCGCAAAGAACAUAUACAAAUUCACCACCACGGCCAACGUGUGAAACACUAGCGUUGCGUUGAAUUGGGGGGCUGCCUUGGCAAGCUGGAACAAAGGUGCGCGAGACAUUGGCCGCCGGCACGUCGGACAUGACGGGCUCCGGCGCAACCACCGAGACAAGCACGCGCGGCAAAAUUCAUGGCUGCACUCAGUGUGGAAUCCAUCCUCAGGUACUUCCAUGCAAAUCGCGCACACGUCGCGUCCGGCGCCAUACAUCGCGCAUCAACGAGUCCUCCAAUCUCACCUGUUG